AUGGCUGAUGAAAUUCAAAGAAUUAAGAGAGAUAUAGCUUUAAAUGAUGCAUUGAUAUUUAUUGGUUCAGAUGUAUCUAAUUAUACAACAAAUGGUGAACAAGAAGUUUCACAUUGGAAAGGAUUAUUAAAAGAUGGACUUCAACGAUGUCACCAAUCAGGAUUGAUUAUUGACGAGGACUUUGAGUAUUUCAAUAAAAAGUUCGAGAGUAACACAGCAGAAGCUGAUGAUUAUUUGCUUGCUGCCGAUCUAAUUAAGUGUUUUUUCACAAUGGAAAGUGAUGCUUAUCAAACAUGGUUAAAAGAAACCGUAGGAAAAUUAUUAGCAAAAAAAACAGAACUAAUUAAAUCUAUAGGAGAAUUAGAAUGUCCUAUUUUAACAACUAACUAUGAUUCACUUCUUGAAGAUAUACUCAAUAAAAAACCUCUAACUUGGAAUAAAUAUUCCAGUGAUGAUCUUGACAAUUCCUUAGAAAAUCUGAAAAAUUAUAUUCUACAUGUAUAUGGAUAUUUUGAAGAACCAGAUAGUGUCAUUUUUAGUAGUGUUGAUUAUAAUCAGAGUCAUGAAAAUGAAUUUGAACAAUCAAACUUAGGAGUACUUAUGAAAAGAAAAACAUUGUUAUUUAUUGGAUAUGGAACUGGAAUGUUUGAUCUAAAUUUUUCGAAUUUAUUAAAAUGGAUCUUUCGCAUUACAGGUAAACAAUCAUUGUCAAUGUAUAAACUUAUUACAUCAACUACCAAUAAAACAUUUAAUCAAACAACAAAUGUUUCAUUUUUUGAGAAUGUCAAAGAAAUUCAAUAUGGGAGUAAUUCAAAAGAUUUAUUACAAUUUAUAAAAAGUCUCAAAUCAUUUAAACCACUGGUAUAUGAAAGUUUAUCAUUGACGGAAAAAAGAGAAAGCAUUCGCAAAAAAUAUUUAAAUUAUCUUAUAGAUGAGUAUGGUCACGUAUCAAUUUUUGGAUAUUCUAAUAGCAAUAUUAGUUUACCUUUGCAAAGUGUUUAUGUCGAAUUAAAAUUUGAUCCAACACAUCCAUCGAUUAAAGCGAUGAAAAUGCUCGAAAUCAAUGAAGAAUUUAAACGUAAACUUUUAUCUCCUGUUUUUUUUAAUCAGAAUGAAACAAGAAAACUAACUAUAGCUUUGAUGGAAAGAAAUGAAUAUAAUUCAGAAAUAAUUUAUAAAGAUUUUAUGAUUGAUCAAUGGUUAAAUAUUUUGUUAAGUAACAAAAAUAUAUUUUCUGAAAAUGAAGCAACUACUAUUAAAAACAAGGUGAGACGGUUAAAAAAUGAUAUUUUGGCAAAAAAUAGCCUUAAUGAAGCAAAACAAUAUCAAAUUCAACAAGCAUAUAAUGAAUUUAAACAUUUUAUAAUUCUUGGUCAUCCUGGUUCAGGUAAAACUACUUUAUCGAAAUGGUUAGUAAUGAACAUGGCUAAACAAUGCUUAGGUGAGAAAAACAUGUUAUCUGAUGAUAUGUGUUAUAUCAAAGAGAAGAUACCCAUUUUUAUUCCAAUAUGGAAAUACGUUGAUCAAUUAAAAGAAAAUCAAAAUAAACAAAAAAAAACUUUACUUCAAUUUAUCUACGAAAAUUCCACAUUCAAUUCAACAUUUUUCAACGAUGAAGAGCGAAACGAAUUAUCAUCUUUCAUUAUGGAAUCAUUAAUACAAGGAAAUGUUUUAACUAUCUUUGAAGGAUUAGAUGAAGUUCCUGCUCAUGUAGAUCGAUCUGAUUUAAUGAAAGAAAUAAAUAUAUUAUUAGAACGAGGAAUAGAUUAUGAUGUAACACAUAAUAAACUUACCUAUUCAAUUUAUGAACAAAAGGAAAUCAAUAAUACUAAAGAUCCUACUAUUGGUAAUCGAUUUAUUGUAACAAGUCGUAUCGAAGGAAAUUAUUUUGAAGAAAUCAAUUUUUAUAUUCCAAGAUUAACUAUUGAAGGUAUGUCUAAUGAUGCUCUCAAACAAUUUUGUCGUUCAUAUAUGGAAUGUAUCGAAGAUAUUUCACUUAAAACAGGAAAAAUUAUCAAACAAUAUGAAACUGAUCAAUUAUAUAAUAAUAUUACAAAAAAUAAAGAUAUUUUUCAAUUAGCAAUUAAUCCACAAUUAGCUAGUGUAAUUGUUGCAGUUUAUAAUCAAUAUGAAGAUAAAUUACCAGAGAAAAGAAUUGAUUUAUAUGAAAUAGCGAUUGAGCAGAUGAUAGAACGAUUAGUCACAUCUGAUAUUAAUACUUCAACACAUUAUGUAAGUAAAGAACUUGAAUUAAAUACUAUUAUAAUAUGGUCAAUAAUGCAAGAAAUAGCUGAAUAUCUACAUAAUAAAGUUGAAGGAUUAUCAGAAAAUAUUUUAAAAGAAAUUAUAAGAAAAUGUUUAAUCGAUUAUCAAAAACAUUCAUCGAAAAUUUUUAAAGUAAAUAUUGAUGAUUUAAUUUCAAAACUUGUAGAUAUUUUUAAAUAUCAAGCUGGUUUGCUUAAUGAAUUUGGUCAUAAUAGUUUUCGAUUUAUACAUCGUACAUUUCAAGAAUAUCUUGCAGCUAAAAAUAUUAUCUAUUAUUAUGGAACUGAACGAUCUGAAAAUAUGAUUUAUGAAAAUAUUAAAAAUAAAAUCGGUAUUCCCAAUUGGAGAGUUCCACUUAGUAUGACUUUUGGAAUAUUAAGUAAAUUAAGUGUAUUAUUCAAUAAUACUGUUACAAGAUUGUUAAAAACUGAACAAACUUCAUCGAAUACACAAUCUUCUAUUGUUCUAGUACCAUUUGUUAUUAUUGAUUCACUAAAUGAUAUGUACUUUUCAUCAAAUCAAACAGAAUAUGAAUUAAUUCGAAAACUAUCAGAUAUGUUAUUAUUUGAUUAUAAAAAUACAUCUGGUUUUUCGAGAUUAAUAGCACAUCAAAAAUUAAUUCAUUCAUAUUUCUUGAAAUUGAAAAUAAAAUAUGACAAUACAAUUGCAGUAUGGUUGAUUGAAAAGAUAAAUAGCGAAGAAAAUCUUGCACCAUGCGCCAAUAUUAUCUAUCAACUUAAAUGGUAUAAUCCGAAUUUUCAUGAAAUAUUUCUAAGAAAUUUACACAAUGAUUCUGAUAUUUGGAAUUGGCCAAUCGAUUCAGUUUUAAGGUUCUAUUCAAAUGAAAUUAAAAAUGAAGCAAUUCUAACACAAUUGAAAUUCAAAGAUACAAUGAAGAAAAAUCCAAAAAUUAUCAAACAGAUCAUGAACAGCAGCGAUUGGUUAAGCUUAAUAACUGCUCUUUAUGGAGGAUAUAAAAAUUAUAAUACUCAAACAACUAUUUCAGAAUAUUAUGAACUCUGUCAGUUUCUUGGGCUAAGUGAUAAGGAGAGAGUACCAUUUAUCUUUUAUUAUCGAAAUGUAUGGGAUAGAGAUCGCACAGCAUACCAAAUGGCAGUACGUGCGGAUAAACUACAGAGUGAAAAGCAUUGGGAUGAUAAACCAAUAUUUGAUAUGAAUGAAAUCUAUAAAGAAUCAUGUUUGACAAACAAAAUCCUUCAAUGCCUCCUUGAAGAAAAACCUACAACAGAUUUAAUUGAAGAAUUGCGAAAACAAGUGAACAAUCAAAAAUUAAAUAUCAAUGAAAAAACGGAAACAUUAAUUGCGUUAGUUUCUUUAGGAGAUUUCGAUUUUACAAAUGAUAUUAUGAAAAAUGAACAGAACAUAUUUAGAAACAGUUUUGGAAAUCGAAUAGAACAACUUAUUUCUAUUUUAAAAGAUCCAGUUGCAAGAUGGUCCUCACAUAUUGCGAAAUAUUUACUUGAAAUUUAUAAUAACAUAAAAAUGAAUCAAUUGAAGUUCAAUCUUAACUUUUCUGAUUAUUGCAAAAUAUAUUUAUCAUUAAUAGCUCAUAGUGGAGGAUUACCAGUUGACACUGAAACAUUAGCUAAAGCUGCAGAUAAUAUUGAAGAUAAAUAUUGUUUAUAUGCAGAAUAUUUUGCCUUUAAACUCACGGGUGCUGCCGACGAUUUCCGAUAUAAAGUCGCUGUAUUAUUGGACACAUCCAUUGCUUCAAGCAAAAUUGAUCAAAUUAUAAAACCAUUUUUAAAAGUUAAUGAGGCAGUUCAAGUUUAUAGACCAAUUCGAGCAUAUAUAUGGCCUACAGACAUAUUUAUUUUUAAACCAAAUAAUGAGGAUGAUAUACCCAUAGCAUUCUUUAACUGUUUAGAGAAUAGCAAUCCAAAUGUGCCGUAUUUAGUAGAUGCAGUUUCUCAAGUCUUUUUCAAGGAAGGAUAUUUUAAUAAAAAUCCCGAUUUGAUUCCAUUAGUUACAUUGUUACACUUUGGAAUUAUGUCAAAAGAUUUAGAUAGGUUUAAGAUCUACAAGAAUUUGUUACCUGAAUUAAUUGAUAAUCCAAAUAUGAAAGAAUUUUUAUUGAACAAAAUUCAAUCAAUAUGUAAUCCUUACUAUAAAUCGAGAGCAUUAUAUCAAUUAGCUGAAUUUUAUGACGAAAAAUGUUUUGAGCUAUUAAAUGAAUCUUUUAUAUUAACAAAAAAUAUUGCAGAACCAACUUUAAAGUUUCAAGUUUUGGAAAAGAUUUUUAGCAUUGUUCAUUACAAAGAAGUUCAAAAAAAAUCAUUCAUUGAAAAAAUUCUCAGCGAACUAAUUUUAUCAUAUGAAAGUAUUGACAAGAAUUAUGAUCGAAUUAUUGCAUCAAUAAGAUUAUCAUUCUAUGGAUCAGGAGAUUUUCGAAAAAAGUAUCUUACGAAUGCAAUUGAAGCGCUGACCAAAAUGGAUGAUGAUGAUGAUGAUGAUAAAAUCAAAUUAAUUAUUAAACUAAAAUCAUUAAUUACUAUUUACGAUGAUCUCCAAAUCGACCUGAACGUAAUCAUUGACAAUCUGAAAAAUAAAACACAUAAUUAUUUGGUUAAUUCUUACUAUGGUAGAAUGCUCUUUACUGAAAAAUUCAAAAAUGAUUCAGAUAAUAUUGAAAUACAAGCUCUAUUUAUGCUCUUUGCACAAUUGAAUGAUAUUAAAUUAUCACUUAGAACAACGGAAGAUUUGAAUCAGCUAUGGAUAAAUCUUUAUAAAGAUCCUGAUAAUCAAUCAAAUAUUGAAAAGAUAUUAAAUAUUGGUUUAUAUGAUGAAAUACUUUUAACGCCACAAAUAGCAAUUAUUAUCGAUGAGUUGAUAGAAAAAGGAAAAGAAGAUAGAAUCUCAAUUCUUUUCCCAUAUAUCAUCAAACCAUCAAAUGAAGUAUUACCAAUUGUUCAUCGAUGGUUUAGUAACAAUAAAGUUAACAAGUUAUCAGCUCUUUUACUUGCAGAAUCAAAGCAUAUUUUUGAAUCAGCAAUUGACACAAUAGUUGAUUUACUAAAAGGUGAUAAUGAUCAAAUGAGAUAUAGAGUUCAACGAAUUAUUCAACAUCCCGAAAGAGAUCCUAAAGAACCUAGUAAGAGAAUAUCUGUGAUAGGAGAGAAAACAUUGAUAAAAAUUUUUGAAAAUAUAUCGUCAAAAGAGCAAUCUCUACAAGUUCGAACUUAUUUUGGUAGCUUUUUCUACGACUUACUAUGGGAUGAUCCUUCAGUUUUUCGAAACUUCUAUGAAAAUAUAAAUCAAUUGAAAGAAAGCAACUGUGACAGUGGAAAAUGUUUGAGGUUUUUCAGUAGAAUUCAUUUCAUAAGUAAUCAUACUUGGGAUUCAAUAAUGAGAAUAUUAGAAUCAUCGAUGAAUCCAUCGUUUGUGGAAGAACUACUUCAUUCAAUAAUGCUCUUAGCACAACAUGAUCAAAUUACAUCAGACAAUUGGAUAGAAUUUGCAAGCAUGCUAUCAAUUACAGAGACGAGCCAAUUUAAAGAAAAAUUAUUCUUCUUAUAUACAGAUAUUGAAAGAAUAGAAUUUAUCAUUGGUAACGUUUAUACAUUAACAAAUAUUAAUGAUGAAACAUAUUUUGAAAUUCUUGAAUCAAAAUUAAUUAGCGAAAUAUCCAUCAAAGUUGAAAAUCUCUCACAAAUUGGUUAUAAUCAAAUAAAACAUAUAGGAAGCUGUAAUUUCUAUGUAUCAGGUGACUCCAAUCAAACGAUAUUAAAUAGAUUGAAUAACAUUUCAAUAAGCAUUGUUCUAAUGGAAAAUCUAAUCAAGUGGUUAAUGCGAAAAAUGGCAAGUUUUAAAGGCUUUGAUGAUACGAUAUUUUCAUUGGUCUUAUCUGAAAAUUUAUUAUCAUUAGUCUCAGCAUGUGCUCAAAAAGAAGAUUAUUUCUACCGAAAAAUAACAAAUUCUCCAAAUUUUAAUAAAAUUCAAAUGAUCAAACUUUUAGAAAAAAUGCUUAAUCAUCAUCCAUGUUUUCCAGCAAGAGGUAACGCUUUUAUAUUACUUUCAGCAAUUGACCAGUCUGAUCAUAAAGUAAUCAUAAAUGCCAUGAACACGUUAUUAGAUGAAAAUGUUGUGAAAGAAUUUUCUCAAAUUGGAAUUCCUCUCAUAAAUUUAUCACCAAAUUAUUUUCUCGAUGAUUUAUUAGAAUCGUUAAAAAAUGAAAGUGCCAUCAAAGCUUAUGAAAUAUUGAAAAUAUUUACAGAGUUUGCUUUAAAUGAAAAAAUAGAUACUCAAGGUAAAUCAAAGAUAAUAAAUUAUUUAGCAAGUGAAAUUGUACAAAUAAAAUCAAAGAAACCUGUUAACUAUUUCUAUACAGAUAUAAAAAUUCCUUUCACAACAACAUUGGAAAAUGAAUUAUAUAAAGCAUGGAUUAAAAUACAAGGGCUUUCUGGUAAAACACAAUAUUCUAUUAAAAUUGAAGAACCAAAAGAUUAA